UGUACUUAAGAGGUGGGUUUAUUUAAAUUUUAAUUAAAUUUAAAAUAUAACCAAGUAAAUUUUAUAACUGAAACCAAAUUUAUGAGAUUGUUUAAGCUUUAAUUUACUUCAAAUCGUGCUUUCAAAGGAGACGGAAUGUAUACGUCAUCGAAAUUGUUCAUCUGGUAUUUAUUUAUUAUUGGCACAUUUCUACUUAACGCAUGGAAAUUAGAAGGAAAAACAGUUGCUCAAGUGAAUAUUACAGAAAGCGAAAAGCAACGGAUUAAAAGACAGCAAAUAGAAGACGAUGAUCCUCCGGGUCUUUGCGAUUUCGGUUCUGGAUCUUCUUUACAAUUUUGUGGUUGGAAUAAUCCUCCGAAUACCUCGUCUCGUCUACAGUGGAAAACUGGACAAGGAUUGACUGCAUUUUGGUUAGGAGGACCCCGCACCGAUCGUACGUCUUCCGACGAAAACGGUGGUUACGUUUUCUUCGAAACAUCCUUCGAACCUCCAGACACGAGCCAAAUUUCUACAGGAGUUCGACCGGGCCAAGAUAUUUCUCUUACAAACAACAGACCAUAUACUCCAACUAUCAAUAAUAAUCAAGUCGACAUGAAUUCUCCGGAUUCACCUAGAGAGAGUGCCAUAUUAAUUAGCAGAAAUAUCAGUCGUACGGGUCCCGGAGGACUGUGUCUCAGUUUUUUCUUUAGGAUAGAAGGACUUAGUGCCGACAUGUUAUCGAUUUUGUUACGAGAUAUGGAAACUAACGAAAAUUCAACUCUGUGGGAAAGCAGAGAUAUCUUACGAGAAGAUUGGCAGAAAGGAGAAAUUGCCUAUACUUAUGGAGGAUUACAUUUAAUUUUGUUUGAGGCGAUUCCUAAAAAAAUUACAGAUCCAGCACGAGCAUUUCGUGGCUACAUCGCUCUAGAUGAUAUUCAGUUCCAACAAUUGGAUAAAGAUGCCCCCGAUAAUUGUCUCGGUCACUGCACAUUUGAAGGAGGAUACUGUGGAUGGAUUAAUGCAGAUGACGAUGAUUUCAAUUGGGAGUUAGGAAGAAGUAGCCAUAGUUUCUUAACGGGUCCGUCUAGAGAUUUCAAUAAUUUCGGGAAAGGUGAUCAAACGGGUGGCUUUGUCUUUAUCGAUGCAUCUUUUCCCAGAAGACCAGGAGACAAGGCUCGACUGACCAGUCCUGCGUUUCAAGCAACCGGCGAUAAUAAUCCAAUAUGCAUGCACUUUGCCACCCACAUGUUUGGCAACGGCGUUGGUGUUCUUCGAGUUUUGCAGAAAGUUCAAGGGGGAGAAAAGGAUCGCGUCAUCUGGGAAAUAAACGGAGAAGCUGGAAAUAAUUGGUACACUGCCCAAGUUUCUGUUUCUUCUGCAACACCGUAUCAAUUGAUAUUUGAAGGAAUUGUUGGAGUAAAUUCCCUGGGAAAUAUUGCUAUUGACAACAUUUCUUUCCAUCCGGGAACUUGUCCUAUAACGCCUCAAGCUGCUGCAACAUAUCCUGGGGAUUGUAACUUUGAAGAAGAUACUUGUGGUUGGAUUAAUGCACCGCCUUCAGAAGGUGUCGAUGAUUUUGAUUGGAUUAGGCAAUAUAGUUUCAGUGUUAACAGUCCACCGAAUGACCAUACCAAAGGCACUUCGGAUGGUUACUAUAUAAAUCUAUCGAGUAACUCGGAACUACCACAGAGAGGUGGGACUCGAUCUUGGUUGAUCAGUCCAAAGUUAACACCUUCUGGUAAUUCUAGGUGCAUUUCUUUCUUCUAUUACAUGUAUGAAAGAACGAUAGAUCCACUCGGACCUAGUUUAGGAAGUUUAAAGAUAUAUGCCAAACCUUCGUCUUCGGAAGGUACUAGUCAGUUGACACCGAUUUGGAGACUUAGCAAUCACCAAGGACAGCGUUGGUUAAUGGCGAGAGCACCUAUUAAUUUAGGAAAAGAUCGCACGGCACCUACUGAAGAAUAUCAAAUAAUCAUAGAAGGAAUUUGGGGUGACGGCAGGGUUGGUCAUAUUGCAUUAGACGAUAUCAGUUUUUUUGAUGGAGAUUGCUCGACACAACCAAGUAAAGGAAGAGCGAUCAAUGGCGAAUGCUCUUUCGAUCGAGAUAUGUGCGGAUGGAGAAAUGGUACUGAAAAACAAACCACGUCACAAUUGAGAAUGAGACCACAUGUUCUGGGUAAACAAAUGAGUUUAAUUACAGGUGAAGCACUUCAUUGGCGUCUGGCCACCUUAACUAACAGGCCAGCAAAUCUUCAGGAUCACACAUUUCGCGCACAAGGUGGAUAUUGCUUUUUCGAUAUAUUCAAUCAAGUAACGCCACAGAAGCCCAUCUUGAGGAGUCCCGUUUUCGAAUCUAGUAGUGAUGACGAUGCUAGUUGUAUGAGUUUCUGGUUUGCCCCUUUUGGACGUGGUGAUUCAACAACUUUGUCGAUUUAUCAUGUGGAUGCUACCGAUCCCGAAAAUGGAGAAAAAACUCUUGUGUGGAAACUUGCCACUCAAAGAUCUGAUAACAACAGACCCGAAUGGUCAUACGGACAAGUGAGCAUAGAUACAGGCGCGGAUCACAUGAUUGAAUUUGAAGGCGAAGCAACCGAUGGUGGUUUUGCGCUCGAUGAUAUUACGUUUUAUGGAGGAAACUGCCAAACUCGUCCAGAGAGAGCGAGUGUGGUACCAGCUGGAUCGGGAGUGUAACUGAAAAACUACAAAAUGCAUUACAGAAAAUAGCGUACGCUUUAAUAUUAGGAUAUUUUUUAGAAACUAUAAAUAUCGAUAAGAUAUUUUUUACCAAUAAUGAAAAUAUAUCAAUUUUUCUUUACCAUUUCAUAAACUCAUAUAGUAAUUUUUAACGUUUGAAAUUUCUUAUAAAGGUUUUAAUAAACGAAAGAAUUCUAUAAUUUUUAAACAAGAUGGAAACAAAUUUUGAAUAAUAGCCCUGUGUGUGCUUCAUCAUAAGGCUAGGGUUGCCAGCUAUUAUAAGGCUAGGGAUAAAAUCAAUGGCAAAAUGAAUUCUUCCCGAAAGACAUUGGGAUGCUUCAAUUCUAAGACAUGCAAGAUGUGUAUUUUUACUCUGCCAGUGACAAAAAUACAUUUAAAAUGUGGGAAAAGAUAUACUUCACUAUAGGAACAGUUUUUUAGAAUACAGAUGUCAUGUCUCUAGAUGGUAAUUAGAAAAAUCCGGGAAAUCCUUAAAAAAAAACUGGAUAGCUGGCAACUUUACAUAAGGCAUACAUAGAUAUAUCCUAAUUUGUUCAAAUAAUGGUUUAAAUUUUAAAGUAUGAAUUUUUGAAGAAGCAAUUUCAGUAUACAUAAAUUUCUGUUUGUACAGUUUUUUAAAGUGUCAAUCGAAAUUAAGUCUUUGAAAUUCGCUUGAAAAGAAAGCUUCAUAUUAUUUUCAUUGAAGUGAUUACGA